AAGGCUCUGGUGUGAAACUAUUCCGGAGAAGAAGAAAUAAAAACACUCUCAUUCUCUAGCUUACACACAUCUGGUCUUAUUAGUGAAAAUAGAUCGAUAUUAGUAAUAUUACGAUAGUUGCUAUACUUUAAAACUCCCCAGCAGCAGAAUGGACUCGACAACUCUGGAGGUGGACGGUAGUGUGAUGGAGGGAGGCGGACAGAUCCUAAGGGUUUCCGCGGCGCUGAGCUGCAUCACUGGAACCGCCAUCAAGAUCAGCAAGAUCCGAGCCGGCCGAACCACUCCAGGACUCAGGCCGCAGCACCUUUGUGGCCUGCAGCUGCUUCGAGACAUUUGUGCCGGAAGUCUUGAUGGAGCAGCCAUCGGCUCCACAGAGAUAACCCUGAACCCGGGAAAGAUCACCUCUGGGGACCACCUCGCAGACCCCCAGACUGCAGGGAGUGUGGGGCUGCUGCUCCAGGCGUCACUCCCCUGUGCCUUGUUCACCGACGCCUCGACACAGCUCUGUCUGAAGGGAGGGACCAACGCCGAGAUGGCUCCUCAGAUUGACUACACUGUGAAGGUCUUCAAGCCAACCCUGGAGAAGUUCGGCGUCCAUUUUGAUUGUGACGUUAAAAUGAGGGGCUACUACCCUAAAGGGGGGGGAGAGGUGGUGGUGACGGUCAACCCCAUCAAACAGCUGAGUCCCAUCACCAUGACGGAGAGAGGCACCAUCACCAAGAUCUAUGGGCGGGCCUUCGUGGCUGGGGUGCUACCCUAUAAGCUGGCUAAGGACAUGUCCACCGCAGCAGUGCGGACCAUAAGGAGGGAGAUCAAAGACCUCUACAUCAGCAUCCCCUCACUGCAGGAGAAGGACCAGGCCUGUGGGAACGGAAACGGCAUCAUAAUCAUCGCAGAGUCCUCCACCGGCUGUGUGUUCGCAGGUUCAUCUCUUGGAAAGAAAGGAGUGUACGCAGACAAGGUGGGCAUCGAGGCUGCCGAGAUGUUGUUGAGGAACCUCCGACAUAACGGCUGUGUAGACGAGUUUCUACAAGACCAGUUGAUCAUCUUCAUGGCCUUGGCCAGCGGCACCUCCCGGAUACGCUGCGGCCCCGUGACCCUGCACACCCAGACCGCCAUCCACGUAGCGGAGCAGCUAACUCAGGCCAAGUUUACAAUCUCCCAGUCAGACGACGAUCAGACCAACAACCCCACCUUUAUCAUCGAAUGUCAAGGAGCAGGACUCUCCAACCCUCACCUGUAGUACUCUAACCCUGGUACUAACCUGUAGUACUAACCCCUAACCCUAGGACCAACCUGUAGUACUGUACCCCUAACCCUAGUACUGUACCCCUAACCCUAGUACCCUAGUACUAACCUGUAGUACUUUACUCCACACCCUAGGACUAUAGGACUAACUUGUAGGACUGCACCCCCUAACCCUAGGACUGUACCCCCUAACCCUAGGACUGUACCUCUAACCCUAGUACACUAGGACUUGCUAUUGGCUGCUGUGUUUUCUUCAGUCUCAGGGCUUUCCUCAAUAAUAAAGUGAUCCAUGAUU